AUGUCUUCCUCUUCUUCUUUUAUCAUCGGCGCCAACGUCGUCACCGCCACCGCCAUCCUCGGCUCGCUCUUCUACGCCGGACUUCUCUACUCGGAGAUCAACGAGCUGCGCGACGGCGUUCUUUCCGAUAUGCGCGACUUCCGCGACAUUGCCAACGACGCGUGGCGCUCCAUGAUCGUUGUGAACGCCCCGGAGAACCGUGGAGCCCACCCAGACUUUGGGUCUCUCUUCCUCAGAGGAAAGCGCGCGUCUGGAUCCUCUUGCAACUGCGGAACUCAGCCGAGCAACUGCCCAGCCGGACCACCAGGACCACCAGGAGCGCCGGGAGACGCUGGAGACGAUGGAGCCAACGGACAGGCGGGACCACGCGGACAGGACGGAACCAGCGUUGGCAAGUCGCAGCUGCCGACCGAGUGCAUCAAGUGUGAGGCCGGACCAGCAGGACCGCAGGGACCGGACGGACCAGCAGGAGCUCCGGGAGCCGAUGGACAGCCAGGAGCAGCAGGAAACAAUGGAGUUGACGGUCAGCCAGGAGCCGCUGGACCACAGGGAGACGCCGGAGCGCCAGGAUCCGCAGGAAAUGACGGAGCACCAGGAGCUCCAGGAAAGAACGGACAGCGCGGAAACGGAGCAGCCGGAGCACCAGGACCACAGGGACCAGCCGGAGUCGCCGGACAGGCCGGAGCCCCAGGAGCUGACGGACAGCCAGGAGCCGCCGGAGCACCGGGAGCCGCCGGAGCACCAGGACAGCCGGGAGCCAACGGAGAGGACGGAGCAGCUGGGGAGGACGGAGCCGCCGGGGAGCCAGGAACCGACGCUGCCUACUGCCCGUGCCCACCAAGAACCGCCGCAGUCGAGGUCGAGCCAGCCGCCCCCGCAUCCCAGUACAGAAGAAAGUACAGAUUCUCUAACUAG